CAUAUAUCUUCAUUGUCUUUUGAAGGAACUGUGCCUAAGGUUAUAAUCUCUCUAUUUGUGUCUAUCUCUCUAUAAUUACAAUAGUCUUUACAAUCUUCUGUUGUUAAUUAUUGGUUUAUCUCUUGUAUCUGUUAGUCUCGUCGUUCAAGGUAAACACAAAGGGAAAAAGAGAGGGUUGUCACAAUAAUGAAGAGGGAAUAUUCAGUGAUGAAGAGUUCGAAGCAAAUCACAACAUCAUCCUACUAAAAUUACAUAUUCCUGUGCCGGACUUUUCUGCUGAGGAUUUGACUAUGAUGAAUAAAUGUGACUACAAUAAUGCAUUCCUGAAUGCUUGUCAAGCAGCAGAUUGGGACAAUCGCGAAAAGAAACGUCUACUAACCAUCAUGGACACGUAUGAUUUACAGCCUAUUGCAUUGAUCAACGAUGGUGAUGUCGAAUACAAUGCACUUACACAUGAAAAAAAUCUACAUGCUUUCAAAAAUGACAGAAUGAAAGUGUACCCCUUAGUUCCGAAACAAAGCGCAUUUGAAGGGGCGAAAACGAUCCAGACAGCACCCAUAUCCCUUUACAGUACCAUCAGUAGUGGACCACCUUAUUUGCGACAACACAUCAUGAAUUGCACCUAUAUUGAACUUACAAACGAUAUGGCUAUGUUUUUAAACCAAGAUUGGUCAAUUCACAAAAGUAUGAGGUAUGCUUGCAGCCGAGCUUUGGCAGGAUCAAUUUUAUUAAAUGAAUCUACUGGGAAAGCGCUGCUUGUGAAUUGUGUCGAGGUGUUUGGUCGAAGAAGAACUUUGGAUGCUCAUCGAGAAUCAUUUCGAACAAAAAACGGGGGGGAUCAAUGUGUACCUCAAUUCCUCCCAAAGACACAAAAUACAAAAACGUAUGCCCCACAACAACAACGGAUGCGGAUGACACGAAACUUGUAAUUGGAACAAAAACGUUUAAUGCAUUAAUCACUUCAAGUCUGCGUUUAGAUGCACCUUUCAACCCAGAAGUCGGACCAAGGGUCAUGUCCUUUGACCUGAACGACAGUUCCAAAGCAAAAACUACCACCAUCUUCGUCAAGGA